CGCAUCGACGGAAUAGAGCGAGAACGGACGUGAGAGAGAACGAGGCAGAUUCGUUCGCGUUCCGCCGAGGUGGUGCAGUUUUCCAGUGUCGCGUAGAGUGUAGUGUUUUUCUUCCUUUCCCCCGUUUCCGAGCAUCGAGUGUUGUGUGCGUCACGGUGAGGCAAAGCAGACCCAUCCCCCAUGAUCGAGGAGUGCAUUUAGUGCAAGGACUGAACACACCUGGGAGCGAUUGAAAAGCACGUCCCAAGACCCCUCCAACUAAAAUCACUCGCCUAACCUUUCCCCUGCCCACCUUAUCCUGCCUCUUAUCCUUCCCCUCUCCCCGUAAAUCUCAAGAAGAGCUUUCGUUUGGAUCACAGGACCUGUGACUUCAUUAUGGACAGUAUGGACUCGAAACCAGUUUUGAACGAUGACCCCUCGGUCACUCUGACCAUCCGCCUGAUUAUGCAGGGCAAGGAGGUUGGAAGCAUCAUUGGGAAGAAAGGAGAGAUCGUCAAGAGGUUCCGCGAAGAGUCCGGCGCGAAGAUCAACAUCUCCGACGGUUCAUGCCCGGAGCGAAUAGUGACAGUGACCGGACCGACGAACUCAAUCUUCAAAGCGUUCACGCUGAUCUGCAAAAAAUUCGAGGAAUGGUGUUCCCAGUUCCACGACAUCCAGGGAAGCGGCGGUGUACCCAGGCCACCCAUCACUCUCAGGUUGAUCGUCCCAGCAUCGCAGUGCGGCUCUCUGAUCGGCAAAGGUGGCUCGAAGAUCAAGGAGAUCCGCGAGGUGACCGGUGCCUCGAUCCAGGUCGCCUCUGACAUGCUGCCUAAUUCGACAGAACGCGCAGUCACCAUAUCCGGUACCAGCGAGGCCAUUACACAAUGCAUAUAUCACAUCUGUUGUGUUAUGCUAGAGUCCCCUCCCAAAGGCGCCACGAUCCCUUAUCGCCCCAAACCCCAAGUUGGUGGGCCAGUGAUCCUGGCUGGUGGGCAAGCCUACACCAUCCAGGGUAAUUACGCGGUGCCCGCCCACUCGGACGUAAGUACAGUAUUGCCAUUGCCCGCGCCCGCUGCCGGGCCCACUCCGCCCUCGCUGAACACCCAAACUUUGACGACUUCGCCCUUCGCGGCCCACCCUUCCUCCUCGGCCUUCGCCGCUUCUCACGGGCAUCCGCUCCUAUCCACGGCCCACCUUACAACCCCACAUCAUCCCCUCCACCCGAGCCCCUUACACGCCAGCGUGGCAGGCCUCGCCGACCCCCUGCUGAAGAGUGGACACUUGCAGGCAGCCCUCCCGCCCGCACACCUCGUGGCAGACGCCAUGGGCAAGCUUGGUAGCAAUCCAUUGGCCGGACUCGCGGCUCUUGGCCUCGGAGGCCUUGCCACACCUGCCAACACAGGUGGAUUGAAUCCGGCAGCAUUAGCGGCACUGGCUGGUAGUCAGCUACGUACCAGCAACACGAACAGGCAACAGCCAGCGGCGAACAAUCAGACGCACGAGAUGACCGUGCCAAACGAGCUGAUCGGCUGUAUCAUCGGCAAGGGUGGUACCAAGAUCGCUGAGAUCCGUCAGAUCUCCGGCGCUAUGAUCAGAAUCAGCAACUGCGAGGAGAGGGAGGGUGGCGCCACGGAUCGUACGAUCACCAUCACCGGAAAUCCGGACGCUGUGGCACUGGCACAGUAUCUCAUCAGCAUGAGGAUAUCACAGGAAACGACGGGACUGUCGAUACCCGCGUACCACUUCAUCCCGCCGGACCACAUCGUUAAGUCGCCGAUCCACUAAAAGUGGUGAGACACAUACGUAUGUCGUUGUCGUCGUCGAAAGGACGCGGGGCGUCACGACGCACUCGAAGCUGUCAAUGGCAUCUGGGGCUGGGCCACGCACUGUGUUCAACCAGCUUGCUAAUCGACACACAUUUUUAACACUCGUAUUACACCCACGCAUACAUGACACAUAUACACGAUUAUAAAGCACACACUUGUUCGAAAGAGGAACAAGAGCACACACGAUACUACACAAAUACACACACAGACACACGGUGAGCAAAAGGUGAACAACAAAAAUGGAGCACAUCGUCAGGAUAGGAAAAAGAAAAGGGAGACUUGCAUACACGUACACGCAUACACAUAUAAAUAUUUAUAUAAACGUAUACAUAUAGGUAUACGUUAUAAAAGCGAUAAAAAGCAGAGAGUGGUAGGCGUGGGAUACACGUCACGAGAGAUUAGAUACACGUUGUAUGCAUAAACACGUAUACACACAGAGGUAUAGAGACAUAUAUAUAUAUAUAUAUACACACACACACACAUACACUGACACAUACAUAUAUACACGUCGUACAUGCAUACGUGAGAAUAUUGUGCGCGCGCUCUCGACAAGAGAAUCACAGAGGUGUACAUAAGUGGCGAGAACGCAGAGAGAAAAGGGAUUAAAUCGAGCACGCGCUUAAUAAUAAUGGUAUAUAAAAAGAACAAAAAAAAAAUGAAGAAAAAAAAAAUAAGAAGUAUAAUACAUGCAAGUAGAGACGAUGAAGGCACGCACGCGCGUACACGGUUAUAUGAUAUAUAUAAAUAUAUAUAUAUAUAUACUCGAGUGUACAAAACUGUACAAAAAGAUAUUUAAACGAACAAAUGAAACAAAAGAAGCAUACAAACAAACUGAAAAAAAAAGAAACAAAUAAUAACGAUGCACGCCGCAGCCCGUCACACACACACGGUGGCUGCUGCCGAUUGGUAAAGGGAACAAGCCAAAGAUAUGUUAGUUUUCAUUUUUAUAUUUAAAAAAACGAGAGAAAAAAAAACAAAACGAGAAUAGACGAGAGAGAGAGAGGCGGGAGAGAAAUACUACGGCGGCCGAAAAUCUCGGAUCAUCGGCAUCUCGAUGAUUGGAUCUUUGUUUCCGUAGGUGUCAGUUGUAUAGUAAAAAUAUUGCUACCUUCGAUCGGAGAAGGUAAAAAACGUGCAAUUUUGUAUUGAUACAGCACCAACUUAAUUUCUGUUCGAAGUUGUGUCGAUGUUACGUUCAAUUAUACAAAUUUCUACGACAACUGUACGAACGAUGUUACGUUGCGCUUCCAACUAAUUUUAUUGAAAUUCGUAAUUGAACCCAGAAUGCAUUAAUCUUUAAAACGAUACUUGAUAAUAUAAAUUAUCUUCCAACUAUUGUUUCAAUUCUUCCAUUGUUUGUAAUUCUUAGAAGAUUGUUAAAUAAGGAUUUAACAACGUAAUUAAAAUAUAAAAUUUCAGCAUUCUAGGCGAAAUUAGAACGUAGAAGCUAGAAAAUAUUCUAGGCAAUUUCGAACAAAAAUUGGGUCUCCUUGGUUGGUAUCGUGCGAUAUAACGUUGCACAAUUCGUAGCACCAAUUGUGGAACCAAAGGUCCGAUAGCAGAAGGGGUAGUCUAAUAUUUUCGGUCAGCAUAGUACGAGAGAAUUAUUAUUAUAAUUAUUAUUAAUCAUGAAUGUGUGAAGCAAAGACGCUGAAUAACUAUAUAAUAUUAUUAGGCCGGUUGUUAGCGUUUUUUCUAUAUUGCUGGCUAUUCUAAGGAAUGGAGACUGAUGGGUUUCUUUUCACCCAUUUAGCUAAUUUAAAACGUGAAAUCAUCCCCGAACGGGAUCACCAACUCUCUUUGGACAAUUUCUUCGAUAUCUCAUUUCUAGAGAUUUAUUAUUUUCAAAUUAAUCUUGUUUAAGAUUAGAACCAUUGAAAUCUCUAGUACGAAGAUAUCCAACAGGAAUACUCAUCUUAGAUUCUCAAUCUAACAAAGUCUUCUUUGUCACUGAUAUCUUCAUUUUUUCGGACGAACAAAUCUCUCGCUAAAUCUUUUUGUUCAUAAGUGUCGAUUAAUCAAUAGAUUUCGUUAAAGACAUAUUGGUUUCGAGCGAAUAUUCAGAAUAUUCGUGGAGAGUAAGAAAAUAAUUGUUUAACAAUUAUAUUUCCCAACUACAGAUACCAGACAAAGGAAAUAACUUUCAGUUUUUAUCAAUCUCCUUUUAAUAAUUCAACUUUUUAUAAAUUGCAAUUUAUUUCCCCUCUUAAAAUAUAGGUAACUUGACGUUUCUUUUCUUUUAUUCUUUUUUUUCUUUUUUUUUUCCUGAUCCUUCUUGGCUGGCGAAUUUUAUUUGUAAAGAUGUACUGGACAAGAUCGCUCUCCAGUAGAAUCGAACGAUCGUAAUUAGACAGAGGAACUGCAGUAGAAUCGGACGAUCGUAAUCGAACAAAGAAGCUACCACUCGGAAUUUCUGCAAGGCUUUGAAUUUAUCAUCGCACGAUUCUCAAUUGUUAUUUUCUAUGGCAAUGGAUCCUGUUGUUUUUCUCUGUCGAUACAGACGAAGCAAGAAGGAUCUCCGACUUGAUAAUUGAUUAAUUUCUCAGUAGAUUCUCUUUUCCCCUUUCGAUGAGGUCAACCAUUCUUCAGGAGAUUAAGUUCAUCGAUAUAUCAGAGUUCUUCGCCUCCUUCAGGUCUUAAUGAAAAUUUAAGAGAAAAGAAAGAGAUAUAAAAUCGUUAUUGAACAGCAAUUUCGUUACGUUCGGUUUAAGUAAAUAAUAUUAAUUUGUCAAACGGAGCUCUGAUCGGUGUAGAAGCGAGGCACCGCAGAUUACUCGGUUUUUAAUUGUUAUCGUUGUUACACGUUACGAUGUAACUUUUAUUUUGCCGUCAUCGCCAUCCGUGACGAUACUUUUUUCAAGAUUUCAUUGCUUAGAAAAGAGGACGUCAGAAAUUCUUAAGGGAAUUUUUAAACAAUUCGAAAUCCGUCAAAUUAAUGUAGCAAAUACGAUUGUUUUAUGAGAAAUAUUACUGUGUUCGCGAUAUUGUUGUUACUUUUACUAAUUUAUUAGUAGUCGUCAUUAACAGAGAUUUAUAUGGAUAAAUGUUGCAUUGUUAAUAUUCUGUUUAUUUUUGUUACGAAAAUAUUUUGUUUCUCUUAUUGUUAAAUUCCAGUGUUUUUAACGCGGAGCUUCAAAUCAUUGACGUACUAUCAGAUCGUACUGUUAGCGAUAUUAUUUGAAAAAAUGAGAACUAUUGAAUAGUUAUUUGGCGAUAACAAACAUGAAAAACUCUUCGCAAUGGUUUUAUCGCCAAGUGGAGUGAUAAAUUAAAUGUUUCAUAUUAAAUGGAAGAGUAUAAUUUUUAAGUAGAUUCUUUAAUUACGUUAUGUCGUACUUUUUUCGCCAUAAUCUCAAACAAUUGUAGAUACAUUUUGAACAUUAUUUCUCUAUCUAUAUGGAAUAUGUAUGUCGUUCACGGAGGCAUGAUGUAUUUGUUUUAUAGUUCAAUACUCAGAAUUUUUCUAAUCUCCAAGUGCGACAUUCGACUUCUGUACGAACGACGAAAAGGGGAGAAGUUAUAUUCUUAUUUCCUUUCUUUCGUCUCGAAAAGUGACCAGUACCGUAGCUGGAUGUCACGUCGAGUUCCUCUUUAAGAAACCUUGAAGCUUUCCUCGAAGCUUGGAACCGAUGUCGAAUCCAGUGUGACGGAUCUUCAAAAAGAAAAAACAGAAAAAGAUAAAAACACGCGUUCCAAUCAUCGUACCGAGAAAACUGGCGACGAAAUUUUCAAAAAAAAAAAAAAAAAAAGAAAAAGAAUAAAAAAAUGAAGGAAAAUGCGUCGAUAUAUCAGGAUCGUUUAUUAGAACGAUCGAAUCGACGGUGGUGCGCACUUCCGUUGAAGGAACAAAAAUGAAAUUAUUACGUGGAGUAUAAAUAACGAUAUAUUAUAUAUAUACAUAUAAUAUAUAUAUAUUUAUUAUACGAUAAAAGAGGAAAUGAAAAAAAUAAUAAACAGAAUUAGAGGGGAUAAAGUAGCGAUGAAAAGGUGUGCGAGCUGAAAGCGUAGCUUCGAUCAGGAGGCGUCUCCUUGUUCACCCUCUUCUUCAUCUCUUCGCCCGCUAUUCGCGCUGUUCUUCCAUCAUGUUGUUAGGUCUCCUUUUCUCCAGGCUUCCUCCGUGGAACCAGCUCCACUAUCCGUAACUAAAUCGCGCUUCUACAAUUGAAAAGAUUGAACGAUAAUCUAUGAAAAUGUCGAUUUUCGCUUAACUAAAGUAUCCAUUGUUUCAAUGGAAAACGAUUUGACUUUCACGCUGAAUAAUUUUAACCCUUGGGGCUGCCGCAAAGUAGAUCUAACAUCCUAGGUAUCGACCUUAAAUUUGAAGAUAUUUUUUGUUUAUAAUUUUUAAUAUCGUUCGUACGUCAGUAAUAUCGGCUGUCUUUAAUCCUUUAAUUUUUUGAUAUUUAAAUUUUAUUUCGCUGUUUAGACGAACAAAAUCUCGACUUGCGAAGGUUCGUCGUUUAUCGUUCAAACUUCUCAAUUCGCUUCGGCGACAGCUGGCGAACAAAAUCGGACGUUUCUCGAUUAUUCUCUGUGUGUGUGUAUUCGUUGCAGGGUAAAUUCAGUGUCUUGUAAAGUCGGCGAGCUAUGAGAAUGGGAAUGAGAUAUGAAAGGCAAGGAAUGGAAAAUUGAUAGUAAAACUCGCCGUCUUCUUGGUCUUUAUCUUGGUUGUCGUUCGCAUAUAUAUCCAGGGUGAUGUUAGCUCUCGAGACGUGCAAUAUGUUUUAACAUACGGUGCACGUACAUAGGACACACGCAUGCAUAUAUAAUACAAACGUGUCGUUUCGUUCGGUGUCCAUUCUUUACACGAUUAUUUGUAACGAUGCGUGCAUUCGAAGUGACGUCGUCGAACGAUCUACGCGCUAUUUCUCUGGUAAUGAUAAUAGCCAUGUCUUAAAUCGACAGAGCGUAAGAAUUAUAUCAUGAAUGAUUGAAUUGUCGGAAUAACGACUUAAUAAAUUUUGUGGAAAUAAUGAAACAUGAAUAAUUGAUGUCGUCACAGUAUCUGUAAGCAUUUACGUCAACCGAUACGUACAAUGAUUUCUGAUCUUGCUGUUAUAUCAGCCUCUUAUGAGGGUAUUAGUAAUUGUGUAUUUAAAUUCUGCUGCGUAAAAAUAACGGGUUUGCUUGAUAAAACAAAUGGCAUUCGACAAGUACAUUGUAGUAACUGCAAUUUGUCUGAUUAUCUCGCUCGAUGGAAAAUUGUAAAAUUUAUAAUAUCAAGCUUUGUAAUCUACAACCUGUGGCUUAUCAAUUUGCUGAUAUUAUUAUCAGUUAUUGUGCAAGAGAACCAGAGAUAAAUAUUUCUGUGUCUUUCGGUCGGGUCGUUCGACGAAAUCCUCAGCGAAAUUUUUCAUAGGAUCGUCAAUGAAAUCGAUGAAAUCCGACAAAAUUUUCGAUGAGAUCGAUGAAUUCCGACAAAAUUUUCAAUGAAAUCGAUGGAAUCUUCCAAUGUGUGCCAAAGAUUCGCGAUCCGUACGAAAUCAUCGAGGAAGCUCGUCGUUGUUCUCGUUUGCAGCCGAACAAGAUUUGCGCGCUCCGCCUCCCGCGGAUACUUCAAUGUUCUUCCUCGCCCUCUUGGCGUGUUUCCCUCACGAAAUUCUCAAUAUUUUUUAGACGAUUGUUCUUUCAAAUCGCGUGCGUCGUUCGCGCUAGCUGUCUCUUGUUAAUUUGUCGACCGAGAAGAUGAUCGUUGGCCGUGUUGCCGCGAGAAACUUCACCGUUUCUGACAAAAAGAAUUUCCUAUUUGCCAUCGCGUUUUCCUUUCUUCGUUUAAAUGUCGAGGACGCGAGAAACGUGUGCAAUACGGCGUCGCAUAGCUUUACAGCGCUUGAAAGACUUUUUUUAGCUUAUUUUCUUUUUUAGAUCGAAAGAUUUUUUUAACUUGUUUUUUUUUUUUUUUAGAUCGAAAGAUUUUUUUCUAGCUGGUAGCAUUUCGAUCGCUCAAAAUUUGUAUCUAGUGUUUCGUGAUUUGAUCUUGUAAAUAUUUAUUGUUCGUGUCGUUGUAUAUAUAUUUAUCGAUUUACUCAUUUCGUUCUUCUUGUUCAUUAGAAUGAUACGUCAUUUCAUCGACUCGUUAAUCGGAUAAAUGUUCGCGUCUCUAUUUAUUGUGUAAUUUUAUUCGUUCUAUUCUCAUUGUCCUUUCUUUUCUUCCCCCCCCCCCUCAUGACUACUGUCUUCAACCCUUCGCGUGACCAGCACGUGACAGUGAAACGUGCAAAGAGAAUACAAAUUAGCGCGUUAGAACGAAAUCCGUUAGCUCUUUCUUAUAUCGUAAAUUAAGAAACGAUUAACUUAUUAUUAAGCGGUUAACAUAUUAUUUAUAACAUUGACAUGGUUGCGACAGCGAAAAAACGAUAUUCGAUCGCGCAUCGGCGUUCUCGACGAAGCAUUUCUCUCUUCUCUCACUACGAUCACGAGAGACUGCGUAUGUUUUAUCCAUUCGUUAGGUAAAAUACGUAAAAGCACAUAAAAAUAUAGAAAAUACCGAAAGUAAGAUCACGAUAUCCGGAGAGUGAAAGAAUUUGCAUUAUUCUGAAUUUGAUGGAUUCGAAUAAGCAUCCACAGUCUGAUAACAAUAAUCACUCGCACACAUGUACACACUGAGGCCGCGACCAGGCAAAAAAAGAAGGAAAAGAGCAACGGAAGAGAGAACAAAGUAAAAAGAAAAAAAAAGAAAGAAAAUACAAUAGCGACUUGCAUCCUCCUCUGUAUCUUCUCGUUGUCCUCUUCGUCUUCGCGAUUCCGCGUGAUUCUCUUCGCGUCCCGUUUCCUCGUCCACAACCCCUUUUUCGCCCUCUAUCGUCGAACGUACGAUAACGACGUACCGUGAAACGUUCAAAAGAGAAAUCCACGAAGAAAUACGCGAAAAAACAUUGGUGAGAAAAUGGUGGGAAAAACUAGGGGCAAAGGUAAAUAAACUGUCGACAUAGUUUGACGACCAGAAGGCAGCCUGUGCUGAAUUAAAAGCAGAGAUUCGGGACGAGGAGUCGUCAGAUGAGAAAUGUAAAGCAGGUUUCUGUAGCGGACAACUCGAGUAAUAAACACGCGAAUAUUAUAUAUGAAUAUAUAUAUAGUAUAUCGAGACGAACAAAAGCUGAAGUAAAAAGAGAAAAAAAGUUGGCGGCAGACGCUGUAUGAUUGUGUAUAUCAACAAUAAAUAAUUGCUGUGAUUAGAAUCGAUUAUAUUAGUAAGUAGUUAAGGACAAUUUUUAAGGCACAGAGGUCGCAAAGAGAAGAACAAAAAUGCAGGAAAAAGAAAACUGAAUAAGAAGAGUGGUAGAGUGGGCGAAUGGUUAUUAUACGAUCAUAUCGUUCGUAUUCGACGAUGUCGCGUGAGUGUGCGUGUUCUCGCGAGUGUUGUGUGUAAAUGAGAGUCAAACAGAGUCUACGAUGGAAGAAUGAAAAAUGCGAGGAAACAGUAAUCGAUUGGCUUGAAUAGAAAGAUCGCGCGCUAGAGUGAUUGAAAUGGGGGGAGGGGGGGGGGGGAGGGAAUGGAAAGAAAAAGGAAAAUGAUAAAAAUCGCUAGAGAGGGUGGUAUGUUUUCUUUUUUUUUUUCUUCCUCCUUCUUCGAAGGAUCAAGUACGUGCGCGCGUGCGUGUAAUCCUCCUCGAUCACGAUGAUCCACGCGUUUCGAGGAUCUAUAGAUCGGUGAACGCGGUGUCGUGUUUUGGAGGAAAGGACUAAGUAAGAGGCGAUUGCCGCGCGCGUUUACGUAGAGAACUGCGUGUACACAGGCAUACUGUGAUCUUUUCACUCGACUCAUCCUUUUAAAUUCGAUCCGACGAUAUCUUGUAAUAUCUUCGUUUAUAAUUUUUAUCAUAUGCCUUGCACCGAUGAAAUACCAUUUCGAUGAAACGAGCGUCAAGAUUUCGCAUUAAUUAGAAAUUUGUAACCUUACGUAUCUUCCUUGUUAUGUAAUAAAGGUUUCUGUAGUUUUACAUAAAUAUUACAUAGAUACAUUUAAUAAGCUUCUUGGUAGUGCGAUGCGCAAGCUAACGCUUUAUUCGACGCUCGCAAGGGAGCAUUGGGAAGUCUAUUAGGAAACUUAAUCGAGAUUAAUUAAAAUUUUCACUCGAUAAAUAGAAAUUAGUGCUUCUAAAACGUUACAAUUGAGAUUAAUUUUAAUAUGCUAUCGGCGAUUGUGUGUGUCCUCUUUUAGUUAGGUGUUUUUACUUAGAAGGCUGUGAGGAAAAAGGAUUUAUUCGAAAUGUAUGAAUUUUUAAUGUACAUUACUUAACUUUUAUAUAUGGUAUAUCGUAAAUAUGCUCAAUGUAAAGUAAUAUCACGCAUUCGCUAUAUUUUAAUAUUCUUUGUACAUGUCAGUUUUAUAGCGUAUUUUGGAUCACCUUUGAGAGUUCCAACUAUUUUCUACAAGAUAUUUUCCGUUUAUAAUAAUCACACUGACGAAACGAUUAAUUUACAUCUUUCAACCGAAAUUCCAAACAGUGUCCGAUCGGAAAGAAACGCAGAAACUAAAUUCUACAGUUGGUAAUUUUAUCAAAAAUUAAACAGUACCUUGCAUGGAACGAGUCGAGUGAAAAGAGCAGCCCCGUGGCGAUCAGAACGGGCGAGCGAGAGCUGUUUGUGUUCCAAACUGUCCCAAUGAUUUCGGAUAGUCGAUACUUUGAAGAACGAUGAUCACAGUUUCGAUACUUCGUCGUUUCUUCUUAAUCUCUCGUCGUAUAUUCUUUGAUGGACGAAGUAUCGUUCACGGUCUAUCGAGCUUCGCCCGAACCAAAAAACCAAAAAAAGAAGAAAAAAAACAUAAAAAAAGAAGAAGAAGAAAUCUCAUUUCACCAAACUCCGUUGAUGGUUUCCCAACUCGAUCACUUACGAACGUCAAAGAGAGAAUCAUGUUUCCCCGUGUCAUAAUUUCUUUGCACGAAUUAGGAACCAUCAUCGAGGCUGAUAUACUUGAAAAGCAUAUCCGGUGACACAUAUGACUAGGCUACGAACUAAUUAAUCUCUCUUCUGCUCCGAUAACAAGCAAACUCGUGUAUUUAUUCGACGUGUGAAUCGUCGAACGGAAAGUCUGUAGACUAAUCGUACUAAUUAUUCGGGGCGUCUCUAUCUCGUAGCGUAUACCUUCGAGUCAAACUAGUUUCGUAGCGUCUAGUAGCCGUUAAGAAUAUCGUCUAUCGUAACUCGUAAACUUCUUGAUCCACGGUGAAGAGGAGCCGCGUUUCUAGAGGGAUCGAUCGAACGAACAAACACCGGAAAGGUGUCUUUUUGGUUGACCAUUCUUGAGUCGCCAAUGAUGGCUCGUCUAGAAAUGGCUAUCGUAGAACGAAAAGCGCAGAGAAGGAAGAAAGGAAAGAAAAAUCAUGGCACUCGGAGUAAAUUGUACCUCUAUAGAGAAUCUCACAAACUCUUUCGAUAUAUCGAUACCGAUAUAUCGACGAUAUUUGUUUAUAGAUUAUAGCAGAAUUCCCGAGUUUCCAUCAAUCGGAAUCUUUACGAACCAGCGUCUACGUUGCGCUUUCGUUGCCGUAUUAACGUGGAAAAAUCAAUUCCGUUUGAAAAAUCUGCAGAGAACACGGCUAGCGCCAACUACACUUUGCCUCGAAUAAACCUUCGAAAACGAAAGAUUUCUUCGAGUCGUUGGAAAAACCGUGAUCUCGAUCGUUUGAAACUCGUGAAUUUUCCAAUGAUCUGUAGCUGCGGAAAAAAAAGAAUCGGACCAUCUCGGCGUAGCUUCUCGCUGUAUGAACCAACCAAGAACAAUCAGACGAUCGUCGAAUGGUCUUUGUUUCGGUGCAGAACGAAUCGUUGCACCUUCAACCACUUCCCGCCCCCCUUUUUCACGUCGGAAUAUUCGUACGCACGCGUGUACGCGUGAUUUCCAGCUGAAAUCGUGCGCCAAGUUGCGAGCAGCUUGUUGUGCAGGGGGGAACAGAUAUAUCGCGUGUCGGUCGUUUUGUUUCUCAGAGAACAGAGAAUUUUUUCGUGUAUAUGGAGAAUAUUAAUCGUAGAUUCGAUCCCUUGAUAUUAGUCCUCCCUAUUCGUCUCGUCAUUUGCCCUCGAAUGAAAUUUAUUCGAAGAAAAGCGAGGACGUUGCGCGCGUCAAAUUCGAUAGGAACGCGUUCGUAACGUUGUGGCGUAGAGCAAUCUGUUAGUGCAGGGGCCUUAUCCUUACUGCGCGGGCACUGACCGGAAAUCGUCGUUGGACCACGCGACGCCAUUGCCUUUCAAUCUCGAGCUGUUGAACAUGUUUGCGCCGCUCAUCGAAUCCUUAUUGUUCGUAACAGAGAGAUCAUUUUUCGUACGAAAUUAUGUUGUACGUAUUUCUACGUCGUGGAAUUUUACGAUGAAAUUGGAAAUUUUGCAGUUUAGAAACACGCGCUUGACAUUAAUUUUAUCCGUUGCCUGUGUGGAUUAUUUUCGAGAUUUCGUGAAUAUUUGUUAACAUUUGUCUCGUGUUUCAGUCGACGCUGAAUGCACGUAAAAGCAUAGACCGAGACAAGAGACUUAGAGAGCGGGCGUGUUAACGAGAACUUGGUUUCAAAGCGAAAUUUCUCCCCGAGCUGGCGUAUCUUCUGCGACGUACGCUGUUUGAAAGAAUCGGAGGAUCGGAUUUGCGAAUCUCGAUGUUUGCAAAAAGCGUGAAAAUAAUUAGCAAUGAUUGGAGUAACAAAUUUGUGCGGAGUAUAGAAAUAUUUUCGAUAGAGUUUUCGAAAGAGGGUAAGCUGAUAAGAAGAUAGAAUUAAAAAUUGCGUUGUAUUUGGAUUUUUGUAGUUUUUGUAGCAUAAUUACCGUAAGGUUGCUUUGUAUUAGAAAUUUUGGUAGAUGAAGACGAAAAUAAUCGAAGAAUGAUAAUAAUUUGGAGAGUACUUUGCGAAAAAUGUAGUUACACUUCGUACGAUAAAAAAUCGGACAAAAACGAAGAACAGGGUUAUUGUGACUAAGAAAAACCACAAUAAAUCGUUCGAAUAGUAGUAGAACAAAUAUGCGAUAUUUUUUACUCGACGAUCGAACUUUCCACUUUGCGCGAUUCUCAAUGAUCGUGUGUUCCAUUGAUUCGUUAUUUUUUUAAAUAUAACAAAGAUUACCGCGUGAAGGUAUUUCAAAAACGCUCAAACCGAUCAAGAGCUGACGCCUUGAUACAACCAGACAGUAUUAUCGGAUCUUUUCGUGUCCUUACCUAAGGACAAGUUAGGCGACUAAUAUACAUUAUAGAGUAAGCAUAGAGUCGAUACUUUUUGAUACUUUAAUCCCACAUAUCACGAAACGUAAGAGAAAGACUAUCGGGUUUGCUCAAUCUUAACUAGAGGUACAUUCAAUCAUUUCUAGAAGUAAAACAAGCUAUUUCUUUCGGAAUUGAGUAUUAUUUUUCGAACGAUCCUCUGACCGUUUGAAAAUUCGGUCCAUCGUGGAAUGUAAUAAUCGUAGCAACGGUGGAAAAACAAAUCAGGUUACUAGAAUCAGAAACUGAUGACUCAACGCCUCAAAUAAUCUACAAUCCGACGUUUCAAUUAAAAAAUUCCAAUUAAGAACGCUGGAACUACGAUUCGAGGGGUCGACAACAAAGAUGAAAAGGGUUCGUAGAGCGAGAGGAAGUGAUUGGAGGGUUGAAAUUUCCGGUCGAUCGAGCGUGGAUCGGCGCGUUUAGAAGAGGAUGGAGGCGCGUGGUCCACGACGAUCCGUGUCGGUCGCCCAACCUUAACCGUAACGCAAGGCAAUCAGCUAAGAAAUAACUUAGUUUUUAUAGGAUAUUGAAGCGCACGCGCCCUACUUCCGGCGGGGCGCGGAAUUAAGGGCAAGAAGAACAAAAAAGAAAAAAAAAAGAGAGUAAAGUAUAAGAAAAAAAGGACCUUUUAGUUCUCUCGUCUGAAGGGCGCGUGGAGAAAUAAAAGAAAAGAAAAGACUCGAGCGCGAUUUUGGACGGCCGCGCGAAGAUUCUCAACGGCAUAUUUUUCUGUAACGAUUAAGCAAAAGAGUAAAAAAAAAAGACAAAAAGAAACACGAGAGAAAGAGAAAGGGAGAAAGAAAGAGAGAGACUGUGUGCUUGUGUGCGGAUGUGUGCUUGUGUGUUUGUAUAUGCGUGCGUGCGUGUGCGUGUGUGUGUGUUUGCGUGUGUGUGUGUUUGCGUGUGUGAAAGAAACGAAGGAGAGACGAACGGGUAUUCACGAAGGGAAAAGGGUACAUAAUGAACGAAACGAGGAAUCGGGAAGAGUACGCGGAAAAUAGAAAAGAGAGAGGGAGAGAGUGGCACACUUGGAAUAAUCGAAUCGCAGAGAUACAUGGAUGCGCGCGAGAUAUAUGUGUAAUUGUUUUCCUUUAGACGUGUGCCAAAAAAUAAAAAGAGUGGAGCGAGAUGAAAUAUGAAAGAGAAGAUGAAAGAAAGAGAAGGAGAAUAUAUAUGAAGAUCGUGGGGAUUGUUUGGCGAGCGACUCAAACCGUGUGCCAAGCUUAGAUGAAAAGAAACAAAAUGAAAAAAAAAAAAAAAGAAAAGAAAUAAUCGCGGACUGAUUAAUUACGUGUGCCAAAUCGUCGUUGCACAGACACAUACGUACGUACGUACAUGUAUACAUACGCGUACAUAUAGAGGCAUACACGUACGUACAAUUAUUAUCGUACCCGCUGCAGCUGUCCUCGAGUAGCGAGCUCUUUGCCUGCCGAUUUUUCGUGUUCCCUUUUGUUCGCGUACUUAGAGAGAACCAGCCUUGUCUCCGUGCUUCUUUGUUCGCGCCGUAGAAUAAUUCCUCGGUCCGUUUAUGGAUGGAUGGAUCCUGUUUAUAGAUAUUAUAUUUGUAGAUUGUUUUUUCUAUACGUUACGUACGCGAAAGGGUAGUCGAUUUUUGUACGAAGAUAUCGGGAUAGGAUUGUACGGUAUAUAGUGGCUUCGCCGGAGUAUAAGACAGGAAAAAUCGGCAUCGAGCGUGGGAAGGAAUAUUCGAUCGGUUGCGACCAGUGAAUUGUCCGUUUUCUAGAAUUUUAUCAAAUCUUUUUUAAUACUCUUUCGAAACAUUCAGAACGUUCGUAGUAAAAUAUACAAGAAAGAGAUUAUAGCGCGUCGUCUGUAAUAUUAUUUGAUUUGAACUUUUGAGAAUCUCUAAAUGACUGAACAAUAUAGUAGGACUUGUGCCAAACCAUCUUGUUUCUCUACUUUACAUAUAAUCUACUUUAAUCGUUAAGUCUUUAACAAUUGAGUCUUCCUUACGCGAUUUAGAGUAGACGUUUGGAACAGGCUGUUGUUCGACAAAUUAAACUACGUUACAUAAGAAGAGAUACAAUCAUUACGGUCUGUCGGAAAUUAGCUUGAUUAGAUCGAUAUAAUAAUUAACUUCUCGCUAUGUUAAAGCUUCAUUUAAGAACAAGCGAAACGUAAUAACGAAGAAUGUUUUAAUUCUCCUAAGUAGAAUAGAUAAAUAAGUAAGCGAUUACAGAAUUAAAAUAAACGUAGACGUAUGAUACAAGAGGGAUUGCAAUUUUAUCUUUGAUAUAAUAUAAGGGAGGGAGGUGAAGGGGGCGUUUCAUCGGUUGCAAUCGAUCAAAUGGAAGUGGAAAAUGAACGUUUUCAACGGCAGUUCAAAUCAUACGUAAAUUAAGAAUGCGGCCCACGAAACGAGGGCCCAAAAGACAGGGAUUAUGUAAAAAAAGAAAAUACGAUAAUACGAACUUCUAACGUUGGGAGCUUUAAUUGUUUGCAUCGAUAUUCGCGAUCCAUUCGAAAGAUCGUCUCGCGUUGUCUAACAUUGAUAACGGGGUAACACGUUUCCGUUACACGAACCAAGCAAACUUAGUAUACAUCUUGCCGUUCGUGUGAUUUCCACCAUCCCCUGCUGUCCGUUCCUGCUUUUUCAUCCUCGUCUUCUUCGAUGACCGAGUGAGAAUUCGCGUUAACAGAACGAUCGAUAAAUAUCCAGUUGCUCGAUGAUCCACGAUCUAUUAAAAGAAAUAAUUUCCGAGUAAGGAGCAAAAGUCUGAUUAAUAAUCAUAACGAAAUAUGUUUUUAAACGUUCCAUCGUAUCUCAUCGCAUAUCAAUUUUAGAUAUAUAGGAAUUGAAGUCGCGAAUAUUUUAUAAGAUAUAGGGACUCACCUAGGUCUGUAUGUUCUUCGACGCAAGAUCAUCGAGCGUCGAGAAUAGUAGAUAUUAUUCGAAAAUUCUCUCUGAACGGAACAAGUCAAGACUCUCGUAAAAAAGAACAAUAAUAACAAACACCAGCCUUUUCGAAAAUGGCAAAAUUCCUCCGAGCUUCGUAAUUUGACUUGAAUAACGCGGGUCAAAAUUAUUUUUCCAACUAGGAUUAGGAGAUAUUAACAUUUUCAAUAAUACUCGUUUAUUCCAAAGCGAAACUUUGUCGCUCGAAAGGUUUAACGAAUCACGCGAAAAAUUAGCAACUCGCUGAGAAUCGUCGUCGUGGAUCAUUUUGGAGCAACGCAAAAUGGAAUUAGAGCUCGUGCCAACGCUUUGAGCGAUCGUGUCCGGAGAUCCAUCGAAGGAGAAGCGGCGCUCUGCACGAAAAAGCGAACCAGAAAGCACAUCGAUGAGAGAAGAAAGAAAUAUAUGUAUAAAUACACGAAAAAGGCGUUCCCUGUUUCCUUUGCACAUCACACCCGCACCCAGCGAUAUGGAUGAUCCGCGUUGUUAAUGACCAUUCUUCGAGCUGAUUCCUUCUCUUCCUUCACGUUCGACGCCUUUUCCUUUUUAUCUUCCUCGGCCGAUAUCGACUUAUGUUAGAAAGCCUUUACGAAAACAGGGUCAUACAAAUACUUACGUGUAAUACGAGUAUUUUAAAUUUUUUAAUCGCGGUUAAAGUGACAAGAACAAAAAGGUGGUUAAGAGAAAAAAAAAGUAAAAAAAGAGAUGAAAACGAAAAAAAAAAAAAGGUAACAAAAAGCGAUGAGUUAGAAAGAAGAAACAGAGAAGCAAACGUAGUAAUGUGCAAUGUAUAACAAUAUGAACAAACUAAAUAAGAGACGUAAACAAAGGAAACAAAAAAUGGUGAAUAAAAAUUUUUACAAAAAAAAAAAGAAGCUGAGAAUGUGUGCGUGUGCGUGUGUGUCUGCGUGCGUGUAUGUUGGGAGAGAUUGAUCGAGCGAAAGAGAUAAAGCGAGAGAUGCAGUGCCACGAAAGGGAAAUGCGUAAAGAGAAAACGUCGCGUUUGCGUCUUUCAAAGCGUUUUCGUUGGAUAAAAGAACGAAGCGUCGCUUUUUAUAACGUGUUGCUGCGAAGAUAUAUAUGUAUGUAUAUGUGCGCAUAGAGCUGCAUACUGUAUCGCAUGUGCAGGUGCAAACUAGCGAAGUCUGCGAGCACAGGGAAUAAGAUGAACGUGAACACCGUACUUGAUCGCGGUAUCUAUUCGUCGAACGAUCGAUCACGGUAGCCCGACCGGAUCCUCGUCGAUUCAUCGGCUCUGUUCAACGUGUUAAGCUUCUGGGUCAAUCUUCCGUGCACGGGCCUUUAAUUUGUCUUCCUUUCAUUGGUAUUACCUUGGUGACGUUGUACGUAAACGUUGAGCUCGGCAAUAUCGUAACGGUGUAGAAUAGAUGGAAGACGAGGUAGUGUGACAACUUGAAAACCAUGAUUUUGGUAAUGUAAAACGUUCGAUUACUAAUUCUCUGAAUCAAUCGCUUGAUAGAAUGCACAGGAUCGAGAACGUUGAAUUGUUAAUUGGAAAUGAAUUCAGCAAUCGAGGGUUCGGUCGUGCCGCGAUCGAUCGAGGACUACGUAAUUCCAGGGUAACGUUUUAUAAAAUCCUCCGAUGCACGCGAUAUUCGUACGAAAAGGGGAGACAGGCGUACAGAGAAAUAAAUACGUACAUUAGAGGUGCAUGGAUACGAAUCGUAGAACGGUAUACGGUCGAAUUUACGCGAAGGGGAGAUUUUCUUUAGGAGUGUAAAGAUAACGCGAGCAAGCAUGGGGGAGAACGAAGUAAGACACACGUGCUGUAAGUAGACAGUGCAUACGGUGCCACGCAAGAGUAGUGUGUCUUGAAAAUGAUGGACGGUUGCUAGCAAUCGCCGUCGCGCCAGCGAACACGAAAAUUAGCUGAAGCAAGACGAAAAUACGUAGGACAGAUGCACGAACGAGAUACUCGUGAAAUUAUGUGCAACUUGAAAAUACACUUUCACGGCUACUAUUCUUGUCCUGGCAGCGUACAUACGUAUAUAUACAUAUAGGCGUAUAUGUAUAUAUAAAUGAUAUACAAUUAUUGUAAGCAUAUAAGAGAUAUAAUUUAUAUAGCUGUAUUCUACGUCAUCAGUACAUGUAGGACAGGCUUGCGAGUGUUCACAUGUGAUCGUCUCAGCCGGCGUGAGAGUGCUUUAAAAUCUAGAGACUGCGUGAGUGAGAGAGAUACAAUAUAUAAAUAUAUAUAAAUAUUAAAAAGAAAAAAAGGUAUAUAUAAUAAAUAGUUAGAUACAGAAAGAGGGAGAGAGAAAGAGAGAGAAAAAUACACUAUACCUUGUAGUCGACGUUACAUAUCUUUGCAACUCAUUCGUUAGAGAGCAGAAUUUGUCUGUUAGGCGGAUUCAGCGACGCCCAGCGAGCUAUAAUAUGUGUCUGUUUAAUCCACGGCAAGACCAAUAUCGCGCGAUUCGAACAAUCCAAUCUUAGAAAAGGCGUCGCUGGUCAACUGUGCGAUCGAUCACGGUGAUCCUCGCGGGUAGCAGACCCGUGAAUGUGACGCACAGACGACUCAGACCUGGCCCAAAAGUCAGUCUACAUAUCAGACUCUAUAUAGUUAGCAUCAGGUCCCCUUCUCAGAUUACAAUGAUUUUUACUCCGAGUAUAAAUUUCUGGUGUAUUUUUUACGAUUCAUGGCUCUGCCUUCCAUUCGUCGUCAGAGAUUUUUCCUAUCGAGUCUCAGAUUUAUCGCACGAUACGGUGAAACCUUCUGAAACGUGAGAAGAACGAGUCGGUGAAUCAUAGUUUAUCGAACUUUAAAUCCAUCGAUCUCUCCCCCCUGAAAAUGUCAUGAUGUGCUCACCUUUUUCCCAUGGUGAUUUCGAGUCGACCAGCUCUCCUCGAGUGAUCCAGGUCGAACAUAGUCAUCGAUAGCCCUCCCUAAGUCGCCAGAUCUUCGUCUGGGUCUUUCCUCCUUCCCCUGAAGAAAAACAAGCUACAUCCUAGAUCUAGAAGAACUAUUCGUAUCGUCAGUAACUGCUACUCUAUUUACCAAUGCUACCUAACUGUAACCGGCAUUAAUACCGCUACUGUAUCGCCCCGUUAUCCAGCUGUUCCGCGAACGAAAUCGUAAAUUGUUCCAUUUCUCUUGUCGAUCGUUAGUUUUAACGAGACCGCGUGAAAUUCACGUCCUCGAAACAGGUGUAACGAGAGGCUAGACUCUUUCGAAAGGACAUAAUCGUCGAUUCUUUUUCUCGUGGGAAGGUCAAGACAGAAAUUCGAUUUCGUUGCGCGAUCAUCGUCGCGUGUUUCUUCAUCUCAUUCCUUCGGUUUCUUGUCUUGAUUCCUGGCAUCGUCCGCGUUGAGAGAAAAUUGUGGCUUCUAUCCUUUCGGAAAGCGGUAUGAAUUUCUCAUUCGGUACAUUGCUCGAGAAUCGGCACGUAUCGAGAAGUAUCUUUAUGAUUUUCGGUGAUACCGUGAGUAUCGUUCGAAAACGAAAGUUGGUUGUUUCGAAGCGUUUCGAAUAACUAACAAGUCUCCCGAGGUUUUACUAUAUCAUUUUAAUUAGCAAUCGAUGAUAUAGUAGUUAAUAAUUAACUCUUGAGGAAUUGAGAAAUUAUAAUUUUUAUAAGAAGAGAGAGACAAUACAUUAUACAAUAGAAUGAUAAUAAAAAGUGUACAAUUUUAUGUACAAAUGUGAAGUAGCAGAAUAAGUGCUGAAAUUGGCGUUUAGUGUUUCCAUGAUAGUAUUCGUAAAAGAUAUAGCGUUUAAAGUUUUAUAGGAUGGUAUUCCAAAAAUAGUGGCGUAGAAUUAUUAUCGUGGCUUUAAAGCUUCAUUUUUUCUUUUUUUUGCAAAGCAAGCCUAGUUAAAAAGAAAGGCUAAUAAUCAUAAAACCUCGAAAAAUAAUGAUCUUAUAAUAUUAAUCGUAAUACAUCUUCGAAACAAUCAUAUCUAUCCUAUCGAUUGUAUUACGUGAGUAUUUUGUAUCUAUCCAGCUUGUAUUUUUUCGAUAAUUGUAUUUUUAUGGUGUCUACAGUUUUCUCUCAGCCCUGUCUCCAUUUCUAUGUCCGUUCAUCGUCGAACCUCUCAAAACUCGAAAGCUAUUCUGUAGAAGUCGUAAAAUUGUAUUGUGAUAACCGUAAGACAUGCAACCGGUGGAAGUAAACUGAGAAUAAACGGAAUUCGGGAAGCAAGCUUUUUGAAAUAUCGAUCGUUAAAUAUAUUCAUUGAUCAGACUCGUUUGAUUGAUACGGUUAUGUAUAUCCUUCCACCUAGCGAACUGAACUCGAAAGCAAUGCUCUCUCAUAGCAAUCUGUGUUGUUACGUAUUAGUGUCAUGAUUUUACGUAAAUACAACGCGUUUUUACGUAAAUUAUAUGUUGUUGAUUAGUUGCUAUACGUAGAAGAACGAACAUUCAUCGUGCGACUUCCUGCGAGUUAUUCUUAACCCUUUCGCUACAGUUAUCUAGCGUUUCUCUUCGAUUAUACUUAUAAUGGUAGAUGAUGUAAUUAAACGUAUACGAUAAAUAGUUUUAUUUAGACGAUUUUAUUUACAAGAAGAGGUCUCCUACCUUUCGCUCACAAAAUAUACGCAUAUAUUUUAAUAACUUCUCUUUAAUGAUAACAUUGAUUUUUGCACAAAUGAUAUUUCAUCUUUUGCGCAAAAACAUUGAACGACCAUAAUCGCCUGCAAUAUACGAAAGUCUCUUUGUGACGAGUGACCAUGGUCGUCCGUAGUGACGAAAGGGUUAAGUGUUUUACAUGUUCAACUUUAAAAAAGAAAAAAAGCAGACCGUGCAUCAAAGAGAAGAUAAUGUAGAAUGUACAGCCACAGAAGCACGUGUUAAUUUUUCACGAUGAUUUUCGUUCUGUUAACCUUUCUUUACUUUUCUUUCAACAAGCCUCAGUUGCUCAAAAAAUUCCCUCUCCACCACUAUGGAGAAUGUUUCUUGUUGACACAAUAAUCGAAAAAUUUGCCGAUCGAUUGGUAUUUUAGUUUAGAAGCGUGAUAAGAUCAAACUUCCAUACACAGACACACGUAAGAGGAUUUUACGUUUUACCUCGGCGAACGGUGGUUUAUCUGAUUUCCCUGCGGGAGAUAGAAUCCGUGUGUUUGAAUCACGAGCAUUGUAUACGUGCGCGAACUUUUAGUGCCGUUUUUAUUACACCAGGCAGCCCAAGCAAAAGCAGUCGAUAAAACGACGACGGUUUUUCCCGCGUAAAAUCGUCACGUGACUCUAUUAUGUUUCGCGUUACCGUUCUCUACCUUCUUCAACACUGUUCGGUCAUGUAAGCGAUUGUACAUAAUAUAUAAAACGUGCGCACGCGAACUGUAAUUUAUCAUCAGUGUUAAAAAGAAAAAAAGAAAAAAAGAAAAAACUCGAGUAUCAACUAGGACUGUCGAGCGAUGAAUUGCUCGUUGCGACAGGAUAUACUUGCGGAAUAUAUAAUACACGUAUUAUAACGUAUACAAUAUAAUAUGUAUAUUAUGUAUGGUAUACAGGGAUAUAUAGCCCGCACAGUUAACCACGACCAAAAAGUGCCGAAACAUUGGCGAGAAAUCGAGGACGAACGGGGAAAAAGAAAUGUAAUGCAAAAGAGAAGCCUAGAUAUAGUAUUACGGAUCGUACACGCACGAUCGAUAACAUCGGAUUCUACGAUCACGCGUACGCGAUGCAUGAGCAUACAUACACACGCGCGUGUAACAUACACAUGUAUAAACGGUACUCAUGUACGCGUACACACGAUGAAUAUGCAUAUACAUAAGAAGAAAAGGGAAAAAAAGGAGAAGGAUGAAAAAAACACGACAGUUUUCGUAUCACUACAGCAGCAGCUGCACCUCUUUUUUGAUUCUCACACACGCACUCACACGAUUUUGAAUCAAACAUUCUUUUUUAGCGGUCAGAGAGAGGGAUCGCGGAUUUACCAACACUCGAAUAGAGAUUUAAUGUUUGUAAGGGCAAUAACGAUUGUAAAUUUUUCGAGUACACUGUAUUUGAAUGUGUAAGUUGCAUAAAAAAGACAGAUUUUUUAGAUAUUGCACUAUAAUAUUUAUUAUUCUAAGGUAAACGAGACAGGGUCGCGAUUCGCCGCGCUCGCGAUACCUCCAUACCUACCCAGAACCUUCCUCCCACCUUUUAAGCCUUUUAGGCGGCCUCGAUCGCAUCGAGAAUCGAUGCCCGGGAUCAACAGCGACGAACUGUCGAUCGCUUCCGCGAUAAUUUAGUUUCCAAGCCCGCGCGCGAAAAUUGUUCCGUGCGAGAUUAAUGUAAUUUCUUCAGUCGCGAUCGACGCCGAAUCGCAAGCGCGGCCACUUCGCGACGAUCAUGAAUUAAUAUUAAUUAAUAAAGAGGCAAAGCGAAUGCAUUGUUCUUUCCAAUAAAAGAAGAAGCAAGAUUUUUAGUGUUUACACUACAAUUGAUAAACGAUUCUAUUAUUACAUAAUAUUAUAUUAAUAACAAUAUUAUUACUGUAAUGUUUGUUUUUGGUUAUUAAAGUGUGUAUAUAGCAAUAUAUUCUAGAAA